GUUCUCCUCGCGCCUCCCUUAGGCGGCCGGUGCCGUAAAGGGCGGGCUUCGCUUUACGGCAGAAGCCCGUCGCUCGGCUCCUACCUGCCUGGCGCGCCGUCAGGUAAGAGGGACGCGGAGGAAGGCAGUUCCUAUGAGGCGUGUUGUUGUUUUUUAGUGGGGCGGCUUUCUUGCUGGGUUCGCCUUAGGCUCCUCUUCUAACGCUGCCCCAGGGACAAGGUUGCGGGGGGGACGACGACAAGAUUCAAUAAAGCAGCUGCUAAAUAAAGUUAAACGGGGAGGUUUGCGAGGGACCCGUGAGGGUCAUCUAGCCCAACCCCGCCGCCCCCCCAGGCAGCGUUCGAAAUUCGCCAGGCGCAUUUUGCCGCCUUGGAGGCGCCUGCCUGCUUUGGGAUCCUUGGAUCUUGCCAGUUUCCACACACUAACAACACAUCCUGUCGAAUUCUAUCCACAAUAUUUUUAUCCGCGCAAUUGGAAACCCAAAAAAGUUGUAUUGGAAAUAUCCGGCUCCAAAAUGGCAACUAGGCAUUGUGUUUUGGCCACUGUACCCCUGGUUUAAGGAGCCAUUUGGCUUAUUAUUAAUAAUAAUAAUUUAUUAUUUAUACCCCGCCCAUCUGACUGGGUUUCUGCAGCCAUUCUAGGCGGCUUCCAACAGAAUAUUAAAAACAUGAUAAAACAUUAAAAACUUCCCUGAACAGGGCUGCCUUCAGAUGUCUUCUUAAAGUUGUGCAGUUGUUUAUCCCCUUGUUUUUUUUAAUCUCGUAUUCUUAUGUUGUGACAUCUGCAGAUGAAAGGCGGUAUUCAAAUGUAAUAAAAUAAAAUAAUAAUUUUAUAAUUCAUACCCCACCCAUCUGGCUGGGUUUCCCCAGCCGCUCUGGGCAGAGUAGCACAUAUAGAAACAUAGUAAAACGUCAAACAUAAAAAACUUCCUGAUGCAGGGCUUUCCUUCAGAUGUCUUCUAAAAGUUGUGUAGUUCUUUAUCUCCUUGACAUCUGAUGGGAGGGCGUGUGUAUGUGAGAAGCUGCUGGGAACUGUAGCUCUGUGAGGGGAAAACAACAGUUCCUAGGAUUCUUUGGAGGCAGGGAGAGAGAUGUGCAUUGAAUGUGCUUUAAGCACCGGAUGUGGGAGCCCAUGACAAGCCCCAAAAGAACAAACUUGGUUUAUGGUUGCUUUGUACCUUUGAUAGUGUGUUGCAGGUAGGAAUUACUCAGUGUGACCCUACCACCAGCAAAACCCCAUUGAUUUUUAGCAGAGACAGUAAUAAUUUAAAAGGGAGUGAUUAAAAGUAGACAUGUUACUGGGAUUUGGUGGAGAGGUUUAUCCCUCUCUGCUCUUCCCAUCACCCUGAUGAGGAUGCAAAUUCUCUGUCCCUGUCAUCAGAUUGAUCACUGAAUGAGUCAAGAGGGGAAUAUAACUCCCUGAUUAGUGCAGUUCCCUGGAGGGAUGCUGUCUUCAGGCACCUGAAAAAGGUUAGCUCCUCCUUUUUCAAACACUUUUGGGAGAAAGGGGGGGGGGUGAAUCUGAGAACCUAGCUGUGUUAUGCUACUAACCAACAGGGAUUCACACAAGCACUUUGCUGUUUCUCAUUGUUAAGAGACUUAAAAGUAAUUCGAACAAGCAUUAAUGUGCUUUGCACAAAACAAUGAUUCUCGUUUAUAUAAAACUGUUACAAACACUUCAUUGAAUUCAAGUUCCCCCCUCCCCUUUUCCCCAGCUUUAUUUUCCACUGGAGAGACCUUGGUAGGCUACUUGAAAAGAUGAGAAGAACAAAGCUCCUGCUUUCAACUGAUAGUCAAGAGAGCCCUGAAGACUAAUGCAGAGAAUUAACAAGAACGUGGUUUUGGGCCUUCUUACUUUGACAAGCUCAGUCUUUCUCCUGUUCCAGCUGUACUAUUAUAAAUACUAUUUAUCACCAAGGGUAAGAACUCUGGCAGCUCACUUAAAAACAACAACACCACACAGCUACAUUCAGCAGAACGAAUCCAAACAAGUGUUUAUAGUGAUUUGUUAAAAUAAGAUGGGAGACACGAGAUUGAGACUUGCUUGGUAUUGAGUAUUCUUGCUUGGUAGUAAAUUCCAAUGAAAUCAAUAUGGCUUAAACAUGGUUAAAAUUAGAUUUCAUAUAUUCCAGGUUACGGUCUGGCCAUUUUCUGGUCAAGUGGAGUGGAGCUUUCUAGCUCCAUUGCUAUCUUUAUAGUUUGAUUCCAGUGUAGUAUGUCAGAAGGUUAGUCAACAGAGGAAGUGUGUACUCUUCCAGCUGAAAAUAGAUUAGUUCAAAUAUUUUUUUAAAAUGCAAUAUUUUUGAAAAAUAUCACCAAAGCUUCACUUCUCAUUUGUCUUGGUGGUAGCACUAGGACUUGACUUGCAAAGCCUCUUCUCUGUUGUUUGGUUUUGUUAGAAUGGAGCUGUUUUCCCCAAGAUUAAAGGGAACAAAGCAGGACAAGACGGUAGUCGGUGGGUAAGUACUUUUGCACUGAAAGUAUUUUUAUUAUUUUGUUAUUAUUAUUUAUUGAAUUUAUAUACCGCCCCACACCCGGUGCUCUCAGGGCGGGUCACAAAAAAGGUGACAAUAUAUGAAAUAAAAAUAAAAACAAUAACCCAAUAACGCCCCCCUAAAAGAGCCACAUUUUAAAGGGUAUAGGAUGUUGAUUAGGUCAGCUAAAGGCCUGGUUAAAAUGGAAUGUUUUUGCCUGCCGCCUAAAGGUGUAUAAUGAAGGCACCAGGCAAACUUCCCUGGGGAGAGCAUUCCACAGCCACUGCAGAGAAGGCCUGUUCUCAUGUUGCCACCCUCUGGACCUCUCGAGGAGGAGGCGGCACAUGAAAGAGGUAUUGCAGUCCUGAGCCGUUUAAGGCUCUAUAGGUCAAAACCAGCACUUUGAAUUGGGCACAGAAACUAAUCGGUAGCCAGUGCAGUCAGACCAGGAUCGGUGUAAUAUGCCCAAACCAUCUUGCUUCAGUGAGCAGCGUGGCCGCUGAAUUCUCCACUAGCUGAAGUUUCUGAACCGUCUUCAGAGGCAGCCCUGAGUAUAAGAUGCAUAAGAUCUCUUUUGCUGCUUUGAUCAGUAUUAUACCCGUUAUUGUUACUUUAUUGACUUAGGGGUCUUCAAAAGCUUUUUAAAGAUGUUUUUUUCCCUUUCCUGUCUCUUUACACAGCAUGUUGUUAAGAAAUUCAUUAGUUUGAUGUCCAGUCAAAACAUACCUGUGCAUCUGAUUGAUCCAUUGCUUCUGGGACUAAUUGACACAGACUUGAAGCAGCUCAGGACCUCUCCUGAUAGCAGCCACUCAGAAUGCAGAUACCUCUGUGCUCGACGGGACUUUACCACCUUUGCCGUCCUGGACAAAACCUGGAAACUUGAGGUAAAUUUGUCUCAUCUUUAUUUACCUAUCUAUGCUAAACUUUGCAACUUUUAGAUCAAGUAAGCAUAGAGACAAAAUAUCAAAACAUUUAUGGUGCAUUUCUCAGGAAUUUUUGAGAAAGGGGGAGUCACAGGGUGAGUGACUUGACCACAAGGCAAAUGUUGCUUAGAAGGUACCUCACAACAGCAACAGAUCUCUUGGAGUGUGUCUCUCUGUGGUUUGUAUUUGAAGGUUUUUUUGUUUGUUUGUUUUGGCCUUCAUAUCUAAACAGAUACUAUUGUUACUCAGGAGGAAAACUGCAGAAAAGCACAAAAGAGGUUUUAAUACACUUCUUACACUUAAAGAAGUGUAUGAAAAUAAAUGCUAAGUGGUAUUCAGAGAACUGUGUGAAGCCAAAUAAGUUGGUUAAGUGUAUUUAUUAGAACUCCCCUUCAUGGAUCACUGCCUUGCAGUGGCGAAGGGGCUUGAAUAACUCAGAGAAGCUAUGAACUAACUAAAAAGGAGAUUGUAAGAAUAAUUGCAUUCCCACAAAGAGGGGGUUCUGUUUCAUUUUGAAACAGAAGAGCAAGUGCUUUGCAAAGCAGGACUGUGUGUGUGUGUUUAAUGUACUGAGCCAAAAUGCAGCGUGUCAAUUUCAGGUGGGCCUGUUUCGAGCUGCUGAGAGAGUGGGUUUCCAGUGGCUAAAGCUGCAGAGCAAAGACCCACGUCUAGAAGGGAUGGACGACCUCUCUGGGAUGGAGAUUCCCUUACACUACAUUUUCAGACUGGCAGCGCAUGCCAUCCAUCUGGUGGUCUUUUAUGAGAGGAGCGGGAACUACCUCUGGCAUGGACAGCUGCGGCUGAAGCGACACAUGGACCGGAAGUUUGUACCUUUUCGGAAGUUGCCGUUUGGCCGCUACCCGGGAGCCUACGACAAGUAAGAAAUGGCAAGGCAGUGUAUUCUGUUUCUAUUUGAUGCACGAGUUUUUCAUAGAAAGCACACAGCUGUCCGGCUUGCCUUGUAUCCUUGCUGAACAACAAAUGAAAUAAUAUGUGCAGGGUUUCUGAAGUCAAUGAGAUUACAGCAAUGGAGAAAAGUUUUACAUUCAUGAUCCGACAAUAUUCUUCUCCCACCCUGAUGCAUGACACUAGAACAGGGAAUCGUGCAGUGAUGAUGUUUGGCUAUAAAAUCAGGACAGGACAAAUAAAUGCAUUUUAAACUUGGGAAAUCCUUUACCACCAGGAUGUGGUUGCCACUGGGCUGUGAGGCUUCAAAAUGGGGCUAAACAGAAGAAAUAGCUGGGAAAUAAACAGCUUGUUGCUCAUCAUGUUGCAACACAUCCUUAAAUGCAAGUAGCUGAAAAUAAGUAUGGUUCCCCAAGGGGAAAAGGCACUCGGAUAAAUCUUUCAUUAGGCAAGUAAUGUACCUCUGCCCUUGUAUCCGAUGGGUUGUUUCUAGUACAGCAGACCCUCUGGAUACAAACUUAAUUCAUUCCUGGGGUCCUUAUGUACCCUGAAAAGUCCGCAUCUAGAGACACUGCUUCUGUGCACGUGUGCGGCGCGAUAGAACGCUUCUGCGCUCUUCCGAGUUUGCUGUGUUCGCAACCCGAAACUUACGUAACCCAAGGGUCCACUGUAUGGCAGAGCCCCUGAUCCAUUUGGCUAAAGGGAUUCACCUGGAUGAGAGCAUGGUGCUGUUUUACUUUUUCCAUUCCGCCUUCCCAUCGUAGGCAUUUGUUUGUUGUUGGUGCAGAUGGGCUGAACAGCUUCAGAACACCUCGUUUGGUCCAAAUGGAAUGAGUUAUUUUGGAGUAGUUGGGUGAAAAUAGAUAAUUUGCAGCCUUUGCAUAUGAAGCGACUGCAGCUGCUCCUGUGUUUCAUUUUGUUUCACCUUCCGGACAUGAAAGUUGCUCUUGUUUUCUGGCCAGGUUAAUGUAACUCUUUCCUCCUUUGUAACAGGCUAGAACUAAUAAGUGUUUCCAUUGAUGGGUUGACAGUCCAGAUUCCAAAAGAGCCAUCUCAGUUCCUAGAGGAAAGGUCCCACUCCAGGUUUAUUGAAUGUAGGUACAGAGAAGCUCGAUCUUUCUUCCAGGUUAGUGGUUAUCAAGUAGCAUUUCACUCAAAAUGUGAAAUAUUUUCCAGUGUUGCUUGCCUGGUUUCCCCUACCACCCCAGAGUUAAAAUGGUUGUUGUUGUCAUCAGAGUUAACAUGCUUAAAUGGGAAUGCUAGUAUAUCUAGAUCAGGGUUUCCCAAACUUGGCUGGCUGGCUGUUUUUUGGGGGGUUUUGGGGGCUACAGUUCCAGUCAUCCCUGAUCAUUGGGCCUGCUAGUUAGGGAUGAUGGAAGUUGUAGUCCAAAAACAAAAACAAAAAACACAGAUGGAGGACCCAAGUUUCGGAAACACUGAUCUAGACUGUGUGGGUGGAUGCCUUUGUUCCCAUACUGUAGAAUCAUAUGAAAAUAUCUUACUGCAGACUUGCACACCCUAUGACCCACCAAGCCCAAUGCUGCCUAUGAACCACCUGCAGUGGCCUACUAAACGGCUUGCCUCUGAUUGUGAAAAUAAGAGGAGAGAGUUGUAGUCAAGCAGACAGUGAGCUGUUUCAGUGCAUGGCUGGAUUGUGAUUUGUGCAAUCCUGAUUUAACUCCUCCUGCCUUGCUGAUUUAUAUAUGCUAUACGGAUCCUGCAGAUAUAAGACAUGAGUGGCGCUGUGGUCUAAACCACUGAGCCUCUUGGGCUUGCUGAUCAGAAGGUUGGUGGUUCGAAUCCCCAUGAUGGGGUGAGGUCCUGUUGCUCUGUCCCAUGUCUUGCCAACCUAGCAGUUUGAAAGCACGCCAGUGCAAGUAGAUAAAUAGGUACUGCUGCGACGGGAAGGUAAACGGCACUUCCGGGUGCUCUGGUUUCCGUUACAGUGCUCCGCUGCACCAGAAGCAGUUUAGUCUUGCUGGCCACAUGACCUGGAAAGCUGUCUAUGAACAAAUGCUGGCUCCCUCGGCCUGAAAGCGGAGAUGAGUGCUGCAACCCCAUAGUCACCUUUGACUGGACUUAACCAACCAGGACUCCUUUAACUUCUUCUUUUUUACCUCCAGAGAUAAGCAAUGGUGGUGAAGCUAGCUUCUGAUCUUUUACGUGGCUCAUGUUUAAAUAAUUAUUUACUUAUACGUAUUCCAAGGUCCAAUGAACUACAGUUGGAAACAUUGUUUGCUGUAAAGUGUGGAAGAGUGCUGUUCAUGAAUCACAAGUCAAAGCUCCCCUUGGUACAUAGAAGUAUCUGCAUGGUUCUUUGCUUCCUGACCCCAGAGUCCUGUUUCAGAUUUAAAUGUUAAUGGAAAUAGCUUGAAACCUAUGAACCCUUUUACCCAUCCAGCCCACUGGUAGUUUAAUGUUAUAGUCCCGAAGCCAGCCACAGAACAAUACAGAUAAAUAAUUUUGCUAUAAUCCUUUAACACUUGGUGGCGCCAAAGAAUGAAAAUCCUGUGCAUGGAAACAAAGGUGAAUCUAUCUUAUACAGGAAAGCAGGAAAAUAAUAGUAUCUUCUGUGCCACGGCAGUAGAUACUGGCAUAGAAAAAAAUCUGUAUUAAAAAUGGUUAUUUACCUGUGUUUGAAUAUAUCUUGAAGUUCAUUAAAUAUUGAUUGAUUGAUUUCAUAAAAUGUAUAUACCACUUGAUUGUAAAAGACUUCAAAGCGAUACGCAAAAAGAUAAAACAAGAAAAAUCAAGGAAAAUGACAACCCUACUUUAAAACAUAACAAAAGUUAAAAUACUGAAACAGCAGAAAAAAAGUAGUUUGGUGGGAGCUGUAAACACUUGACUGUAUGAAAAUAAUGCAAGAGUCGUUUACAAUUUCCCUUUUAUUUUUUAGCUGUACCCUGAUGAUGUAUCUCUGGAUGCUGUUGAAUUCAGAAAGAAAGCCAAGGCCUUGCUGCAUCUUGCUUCUCUGACAUUAAACAGUUUAGGAGUCAGAUUCUGGCUGAGCAGUGGAACUUGCCUGGGUAAGGAGCUUGUGGUCACGUUUGGUCGCUAAGAUUGAGAACUGAAUGCAUUCAGUUACUCAGGGGUGUCUUAACAGGUACUGCAAAACCCACAAACAUGCAAAGACACAUUUUCAUAUUCCAAUUCUGAAAUAUGAACCAAAACAGCUUGAAACAUGUAUGGUUAAAUGGCUUAAGCCUUAAACACCCCAGUACUCGCCGAAAUUUUGGAAUGUCCCUGGAAAGAAGGUCAUCAGUCUUCUUUAUGUAAUGAUGGGAGAGAACUAGGCACUGCGACCCUUAACUUGCUCCACUCCCUAACCCCACUUCGCCACCAUAUCCUUACAGCCUUGGCCAACCCCUCCUCUGCAAGUCCCCAGCAAACUAGGAGAAAUCUUCAUAGGCUGGUAGAUUUUGUGGGCUUGGGGUCUGUACUGUGCCAGCUUUCUGCCAUGAAGCUCACAGAACUGUUGUGUUUUCAGGUUGGUACAGGCAGUGCAAUAUUAUUCCUUACAGCAAAGAUGUGGACUUGGGGAUUUUCAUUCAAGACUACCAGCCAGAUAUCAUUCCAGCAUUUCAGAAGGCAGGAUUGCCGCUAAAGCACAAGUUUGGCAAGGUUGGUGGAUGACACACCUGACUUGGGCACUUUGCCCUGUUUGUAACCCCUCCUUUCCAGGGUGUGCAAUUCUAGGCUCUUAACAGGAAGAAAAUAUUGUGUGUUGGAAGAGCUACCGUGGAGCAGUGGAUGCUGGACUGGGGAGAUUUGGGUUCAGAUCUCUUUGCAGUCAUGAAGGUUGCCAAGUGACCCAGGGUCCCAGUCGCUAUCACUCUUAGUCAGCCUACCUUGCAGGAUUGUUGUAAGGACAAAAAGGGUGGGAGGACAGAACCAUGUAUCAACAGCGUUGUUUAUUUGUAUGCUGCCUUUCCAUGCUCAAACCGGCUUAUAGGCUUAUAAAGGUAAAGGGACCCCUGACUGUGUUAGGUCCAGUCGUGGCCGACUCUGGGGUUGCGGCGCUCAUCUCGCUUUAUUGGCCGAGGGAGUACAGCUUCCGGGUCAUGUGGCCAGCAUGACUAAGCCACUUCUGGCGAACCAGAGCAGCGCACUGAAAUGCCAUUUACCUUCCCGCCGGAGCGGUAUCUAUUUAUCUACUUGCACUUCGACGUGCUUUCGAACUGCUAGGUUGGCAGGAGCAGGAACCGAGCAACUGGAGCUCACCCCAUCGCGGGGAUUUGAACCACCGACCUUCUAAACGGCAAGUCCUAGGCUCUGUGGUUUAACCCACAGCGCCACCUGCGUCCCUUAUAGGCUUAUAGGGCUGGGCAAUUUCUGGUUUUCAACAUCGUGAUAUAUCAGCAACUAAACAUUGUGAUAUACUGAUAUACCACGAUGUCUGAAAUAAGGAUGAAGCUAUGUAGAGGCAUUAACAAUAAUAAUAAUAAUAAUUUAUUAUUUAUACCCCGCCCAUCUGGCUGGGCUUCCCCAGCCACUCUGGGUGGCUUCCAACAAAAUAUUAAAAUAACAGUAAUCCAUCAAACAUUAAAAGCAUCCCUCACAUUGUGAUUUUUGAAUAGAGCACACACACACACAUCCUGAUUCAUGAUAUAUUACCGGGUCAAAAAUUAUGGAACCAAUAUCACGAUAUGGCCUUCAAACUGAUUUUGGGCAAUAUAUUGAUAUAUCACAGCUUACUACACCAAAAGAUUUUGUUGUUGUUGUUUAGUUGUUUAGUCGUGUCCGACUCUUCGUGACCCCAUGGACCAGAGCACACCAGGCACUCCUGUCUUCCACUGCCUCCUGCUGUUUGGUCAAACUCAUGCUGGUAGCUUCGAGAACACUGUCCAACCAUCUCGUCCUCUGUCGUCCCCUUCUCCUUGUUCCCUCCAUCUUUCCCAACAUCAGGGUCUUUUCCAGGGAGUCUUCUCUUCUCAUGAGGUGGCCAAAGUAUUGGAGCCUCAGCUUCACGAUCUGUCUUUCCAGUGAGCACUCAGGUCUGAUUUCCUUAAGAAUGGAGAGGUUUGAUCUUCUUGCAGUCCAUGGGACUCUCAAGAGUCUCCUCCAGCACCAAAAGAUUUACUUAGUUGCAAAAGCAGUCAUAAGCCAUAAAUGAAAACAAGCAUGCAAUAAAAGUAAGCAGUCGUUACAUAAGUCAUGAUAAAGUCCAGCAAUAAUGAUGCAAAGCAUUCAUACCAGUAACAGCAAAAAAUGAAGUUGCUCCGAAAUUAAAACUUGACCUUAACACAAACCCCUAAACGACACACCCCACUCCACAGACCUCUAGGCAUCCUGAGCAUCAGGUCCGGCAAAAAUGUAUGCCGCCUUGAGCUUCUUGGGGGAAAGGCUGGAUAUAUAAAUAGUCUUCUCAUACAGUAUACCUGAUAACCAUGAAUAAAUGUUUAUUUGUAUAAGGUGGUUUCAAACAGGCCAUUAAAUCCUGGUGUGACUAAAGAGCCCAAACGGUUAGGAACAGUCUUGGUUUUCUUUACAAAGCCCAGUUACAGGUUAUAAUUUUUUUUAAAAUGCAUGCUUAAACUAUCUCCUUAUUUUGAAGAUGUGCCAGCUCUCAGUCUGGAGCGAGGUCCCAACUGGCUUCUUGUUUCCUGCCAAAGCAUACCCUUUUCUGCCACGGUUGCUAGUUCCCCAACCCCUAGGGUGCCAUAUAGUGCAAGCAAUACUUGGGUAGGCAAGUCGUCUGGGAAGGUUUUCAACAGGAGACUUGGUGCAGGAUCCCCAAUCCAGAUUGGGAGCGUGGUGCAGAUUGGGUUCUCUACAGCAGAGGCUGCUUUAUUUUAAGCAUGCUUUAGUAACAGAAAAAAAUAAAAUAAAGAAAACUCAAACAUGUAUCAUGUCAUUUGUGCCUAAAAAUCAUUGCACAAAGACCUGGCAUGUGUCCCUCUUGUAUGUUUGCAGUGUUUGACUUUUGCAGCCUCUUUUAAUAUUAUCUGUGUCAUAUAAGGUGCUUUUCCCCUGUCUACCUUACAGGUUGAAGACAGCUUGGAGCUCUCCUUUCAAGGAGAGGAUGAAGUAAAGCUCGAUAUAUUUUUCUUCUAUGAAGAGGAUGACCACGUGUGGAAUGGCGGAACUCAGGCCAAAUCGGGCAAGAAAUUCAAGUAUGAGUCAGACUUGGCGUCUGUGGGGGAAGGAAAUAGAGCUUGACAAACUGCAAUAUGAGAUAUUCUUAGCAAUUAGUGUAGUGCAGCUUCAUUCUACCACCAAUAUAAAAACGAUAAACCACGAGGGAAUUGCAGACCACUUUUUCAAACCACCAGUGGCUUUCAAACCACUUUUUGGAUAAAACUGGGUGUGGUUCUAGGGGACCCGUUCAGCAUUCAUCUUGAUUUGUUCGCAGGGAGAAUGGACAGUGUUGGCUAUUUAAUGAGCAUUUCAUUCUGAUUGGUUUGCAGUGAGGUUAGACAAGCGUUUCCCCACGUUUUCUAGUGAGUUUUCCCAUUGCAAAAAUGCAGGCAUUUUGGGGAAGCGGGUUUGUUGUUCAGGACCCUCUUGGUUAACUAUAAUUGUUCAACCCAAAUUUGCCAGUACAGUCGUACGUUGGAAGCUGAACGGCAUCCAUUCCGGAAGUCCAUUCGGCUUCCAAAACAUUCGAAAACCAAAGCACGGCUUCUGAUUCGCUGCAGGAAGCAGAACUAAGCUGUUCGAAAACCAAGGUACGUCUGUAUAAGUCAUGCAAAGGUGUUUAGUAUGUAGUUGUAGAAGCCAUUUUAGCCCAAAUUCUGCAAUAUGCAAUCUGGAUGCAGACACUUUUACUCAAUCCCAGAAUUCUUACAACAUUAUCUGUAUGCAGAGUCAAUGAAGUCGCACCACAUUUCACUGAUUGGAUUACAAAGCCCCUUUCCUUCAUCAUUGACCUUCCUGUUCUUUUUCUGCGACACAGGUAUCUGUUUCCCAAAUUUACACUAUGUUGGACUGAGUUCGUAGAACUCAAGGUACGUGUGCCAUGUGAAACUCUCCAUUACAUUGAAGCCAACUACGGUAAAGAGUGGAAGAUACCCGUGAAGAUGUGGGACUGGAAAAACUCUCCACCCAACGUCCAGCCCAAUGGGAUCUGGCCUAUCAACGAAUGGGAAGAAGUCAUUCAACUCUACUGAUCAAUCUAAAGCAAAUACAUGUAUUUAUGUUGCCCACAAGGCGUCGUCGAUUGUGGAAUGCUUCAGCCAUUUCCAAAGGAGAUGCUGUAAAAGAUGUAUUCACUGUUCAGUUGGUCAACGCACAAGCAAAUGGGUGUCCUGCUUCAGGAACUCUGAAGAACUCUUUUCUACAGCUGAGGAUGGGGGGCGGGGUGGGGAAUAAGCUACAUAAAAGUUGUAUUUAAGGAAAAAGUAAUAUUGGGUGGCCAUUUUGAACAUUUGUUGCAGCAAAUGUCCCUAAGUCAAGAAAAAAGCUGCCUAUUCUGCCCAAACUAAGGGUCACCAAAUACAGCCCACCAUUCAUGUCUGCACCACAGCUCGCUGAAAAACACAGGUGGGUGGUACCAGUUGUAUGGCAAGCCAUGGACUAUUUAGCAGUGGCUUUUGGUGCUUAGUCGAAAUGGAAGUUUUUGUGGGAAUGUUCAGGGAGGCAGGAGAGGAUAUAUUGUUUAAUAAUAUCCUUCCUAACUUGUGCUAGCAAGUUCUGUAAUUUAGCAGAGUUUUACAUUCCCCUUUUAAAUGCACAGCGGAUAGCUUGUUGCAAGCUUGUUUAAGCUUCUCAAUAUUAGAUUCCUUGUAAGACCCUUUUAUAUCCCUCCUAAAAGAAUAGACACGACACAGUCUUGUGUAAUGUGUAUAAGUUUACUCACACAUUCAGUUCACAGAUGGAUCCCUGAAGGCAGACUUAGUUACAAAGUAUAUACAUAUGGAUCUACCCCAUAAGGGGGGGGGGUUAAUCCCAGUGACCGCAGUUCACACAACAAAAGGAAGAUGGAAAAGAGAGGGAGGAGGGUUGCGUGCCUUGUGCUUUUGUUACCUGCCCAGGUAAAGUCAUGCCCACCUCUGGUCACAUGCAAGAGGAAGUAUGUCCCAGGCCAGGAGGAAACAGGAAGUGGCUGGACCAAACAUUCCCUUGCAAGUCCACUCUCGGAAAACAAGGAAUGUUGUAUUUGACUGCUAUCUAUGUAUCACAUCCCACAGAUGGGUUGUUAGUUAAAGCCUGUGUUUGAAUCUACAGGGUCCAGUAUCACUUUAGCAGCUAAUAGAUCUGAAAGUAGGAGGAAAUGAUGUCACCUACUCGAAUGGCCAUCUGACUCGAAUGGUCCCCCUUCACCUAAAUUGCUCAUAGCUUCUUUCCAACCUCUCGAGUCCAGGUUUUUCUUGAAGCCCCCACUCAGGACCACUUUUGAGGGAGCCUUGCUGGCGGGUGAGAGCCCUUCGCAGCUUACUCGUUGGCAAUGCAGUAUAGCUGCUCAAAAUACAGAUGCUGGCCAUCCUUGGUCUAUUGCAUUAAGUAUUUAAGAAGAGCUUGUGAACUUCCUUGAGGUUCCCAGUUGGUCAUUACAGGAAAUAGGAUGUAAGGGUAGGUGACUCACGGAGGCAGAAGAGCAAUUCCUCUUAUUCUCAUAGAGCAUUGAAAAGGGGACCACAUCCCAACAUGGCUCCUUUUUACAGAUAUUCCCAGUGGGAUUUCACUCAUGGGAACAUAGCAACCCAUACUACUUUUAAUCAGGGUUUUUUUCCCCCAGCUGGAACUCACCAGAACUCUCAGGUGGGCACCAUUGCCAUUCUAAGAGAACGAGGGGAGUUCAUGGUGAGUUCAGGCAUCUAUUUUUCUAGAAAAAUAGCACUGCUUUUAAUAGUGUAUCAUUGACCUUUAACCAUAGUUCAAGACUUUCCUGCCAUGUCCCCAUCGUUAGGAGAUAACGGGGGGGGGGGGGGAGAGCAUUGUACAAAAAAUAUAAUCAAAAAUAAUUUGUCACAUACCUUAUUAUGGGCAGCAGUUCAAAGAGAUUUGAAAAUGACGAUCAGGACGAUGUGAAAUACUGUUAUCUCUGAAGAAGUUCUCGUAGUAUAUUUUAUUUGUACGUGGCUCACUGUGGCCUGAAGUCUGUUUUGCAUUGUUGGGAGCUCUGUUAUACAAAGCACAAUAAUGUAGACAUUUCUAUUUGUGGGCAGAAAAUGUGAAUCUUUUUUUUUUUUUUUUUAACCACUAUUGUUUAUCUUGUGUAGAUAAGGAAAAAGAGAGAAGGUACUAAUGCAUGUCCCCUCACUAAAACAAAUAGUAUUUAAAUGAUCCACGUACAAUAUUGUGUUGUAACUUAUUGGUGAAGUUGUUUGCUGUUUUGUACAAUGUAUAAUGAUGCUCUUGUCGGUGGCUCCUGUCAAGGAAAAGUUGGUUGUUCCUUCUGUCCUAUUGAAGUCAAUGUGACAAGUUAGUAUCGAGUAACUUUUCUGGAUUCGAGACGAAGGUUUUAAUGUACUUUAAUGUACUAAACCUAGAUUUAAGGAUGUUACUCAGUACAAAAUAAUCUGAAGGAGGCUUUAAAAUUAAUACAUAUGUUCUGAACUUUUUAAAUAAACUUAUGAAAAGAGACUU